CACUCACUCGCACAAACACACGCACGCACUCUCACACACUGGCUCUCGCGCUGCUCCUCAGUGAGGUGUCCGGCUCGCGCUGCAGCAGGACGUUAGCUGGCGCCGCUUCCUCUCUCCGGCCGUCUGGACGCCACCCACCGCGCUGUUAAUGGAGCUCGAGGAAACAUGCGCGCUCUCCUCCUCCUCCUCACCGCUCUGUGUGGAUACACCUUCACCUCAGUCUGGCCGCUGCAGAUGCAGUGCUACCACUGCGAGGAGAUGCUGCUGAAUAACGACUGCUCCUCCCCCAACUUCAUCGUUAACUGCACGGCCAAUAUCCAGGAUGCAUGUCAGAAGGAGGUGAUAGUCGGAGCUCACGGAGUUUCAUAUCGUAAAGCUUGUGCUUCGUACACCACCUGCCUGAUCGCGUCGGCUGGGUACCAGCCCUUCUGUUCGCCAGGCCGGGUCGGCUCUGUCUGCAUCAGCUGCUGUAACACACCCCUAUGUAACGGUCCUCGGCCCCCCCGCAUCUCAAUCGCUCACAGCCACACGCCACUGCGCCACCUGCUGGCACUCUCUAUCACUGUGGGCACCCUGCCUGCCAUCCUGCUGUGAGAAACACACACACACACACUCCGCAGUGACUGUUUACACAGUACCAGGAUGUUGCUGUCGGUGGUGAAACGUCUCAACCAAGUCUGAACAAACAAGUGGACGCGUCCAAACAGCGGUCCAGCAGAACCUGCAUCAAAACCUGCCAAACCUUAACGCUCUCACUGAAGACGCUUCUGCAGUAAAGCUGAAAAAUCAUGCUGUUACACAAGAAGAGGAUUCAUUGAAACUUCUGAACAUUUUUAACAUUUCAGUGCAAAUAUAUUAUAUAUAUAUAAACUAUAAAUCAUGAUUAUCAUCUAAUAGACCUACAGUUUAAUAUUUGCAUUUGAUGUAAUUUCAGUUUAAAAGCAUCCAUAUUUACUUUGCAUUUUUAUUUUUAAUUAAAUAAAAGUAUAUGAUGUGAGAAUGAGCCUGAAGCAAACAUCUGGUCUAACAGUUUCCUUCAGGGACUAUUUCUUUGCCAUACAACACCCUGCAGCAUGCAUCACUCCACCAUGAUACGCAAUAUUAAAUAUAUAUAUAUAUAUAGA